AUGACGAUAUUUAAUUUUUUUCUGAUAUUUACGGUAAUUUAUUCUGGCAUAGCUGACCGUCAUUUCGAUGACGAAUAUCUUGCAACGCUUAGGGAAGAAGUCCGACAAAUGUUCAAUCAUGCUUAUGAUGGAUAUUUGAAAUAUGCUUUUCCGUUCGAUGAAUUGAGACCAUUAAGUUGCGAUGGAGUCGAUACUUGGGGAAGUUAUUCGUUAACAUUAAUCGACGCGUUAGAUACGCUUGCCGUAAUGGGAAAUUUUACGGAGUUCAGAAGAGUUGUUAAUAUACUUAUUAAAAAUGCAGAUUUUGUUAAAAAUAACAUAAACGUGUCUGUUUUUGAAACAAAUAUCCGAAUUAUUGGUGGAUUGUUAAGCGCUCAUCUGUUAUCUCAAAGGGCAGGCAUUGUUGUUGAAGAAGGUUGGCCUUGUAAUGGACCAUUGUUAGAAUUAGCUGAAAAUGUUGCUCAUAGGCUAAUUGCUGCUUUUGACACAACUACCGGAAUGCCGUAUGGUACAGUAAAUUUACAAAAUGGUGUGCCUCAUAAUGAAACUACCAUAACCUGUACCGCAGGAGUUGGAACAUUUAUAUUAGAAUUCAGUACUUUGAGUCUUUUAACUGGUGAUCCUAUAUAUCAAGAGCUUGCUAUGAAUGCUUUGUUAGCUUUAUGGCACCAUAGAUCGAGUAUAGGUUUGGUCGGAAAUCACAUUGACAUUCAAAGUGGAAGGUGGACAGCUCAUGAUUCUGGUAUUGGAGCAGGAGUAGACUCUUACUUUGAAUAUCUUGCAAAAGGUGCUUUAUUGCUGCAAAAACCUGAAUUGAUAAAUAUGUUUUUGGAAUACAGAAAAAUGAUAAACAAAUAUUUAAAAACUGAUGAUUGGUAUAUGUGGGCUUCAAUGUCAAAAGGACAAAUUUCUUUGUUAGUAUUUCAAUCUUUAGAAGCCUAUUGGCCUGGAGUGCUUAGUUUAUUCGGGGAUACCACAGAGGGACUUAAAUCAUUAUUUAAUUAUCAUCAAGUUUGGGAAACAAAUGAAGCUGGUGUUCACAGAGAAAGUUAUCCUUUGAGGCCAGAACUAAUUGAAUCUGUUAUGUAUUUAUACAGAGCUACGGGAGAUUCAUAUUUGUUAGAAGUGGGAGAGGAUAUUCUUAGAAGUAUUCAACAUAGUUCUUACACACCUUGCGGUUAUGCUACUAUAAAAGAUGUUCGAGAUCAUCGUAAAGAUGAUAGAAUGGAAUCGUUUUUUCUUGCCGAAACUACUAAAUAUUUGUAUUUAUUAUUUGAUUAUGACAACUUUAUGCAUAACAACGGACAAUUUGGUAGCGUAUUUAAUACUCCGUGGGGAGAAUGUAUUAUAGAUGCUGGCGGAUAUAUUUUUAAUACUGAAGCUCACCCAAUUGACACAGGUGCUUUACAUUGCUGUAGUAAACAAUUGCAAGAACAUGUACGUGAUACAAUCUUAGAUUUUGAUCCUGAUUCUUCGAGCGGAGUAAAACUUUCUGUUCACAAACAAAAAAUGAUGGAUAAAUUAAAACUAAACGUUGCAGAAAAAAAGAAACGGUUUCAAAGUCAAGAAAAUGUUUUAAAUGAAAUUAUAAAUGAAGUAAAAUUACCCAUUUCUAAAGUUGAAUCGGAAAAUGAAGAUGAAACACAUGCGAGUCAAACGUCUUAUGAUGUACCAUUGGAUAACCCUACAUUGAAUAAUUUAGAAAAAAAAGAAAAACUCCAAGAUUAUUUAGUGGAUGAAGAUCAUUUAAAUUCAAGUGGAUUUUAUGUGGACGAAAAAAUUAGAAAAGAGAAAAAAUAUUUCAAAAACGUUACAUGGGAAGCUCAAUAUCAUUUACUUAGAUGCCACGCUCAACCUUUUUUAACUCGAGUAUCAUUAAAUGGAGAAUUUUAUACAGAUGUGUAA